AUGGCUAAGAAAAAGAGUAAUAAUAAGAAAAAGAGUGGUAAUAGUUUGCAAAGAUCAGGUUCUUCUCAAACUAGUUUGAAUAAAAGAGUAACCAAUUUGUCAAAGGGACCUAUUCCAAGUGUAGAAUCUUUUACAAAUCUAACCAAACCACAAUUAUUUUCUAUUUAUGAUGAAGAUAUUACUAAAAGUGAAGAUAAUGAAAUUUAUAAAGAAAUGAAUAAAGGUGAUGCUUUUAAUGAGGAUGAUGAGAUUUUGGAGAUGAAGAGUGGAAGCAUGGGUCCAGCUAUUUCAAGAGUAAUCUCUUCUAAUAAUCCAUCUUCUGUUUCAACUGUCAAUCAUCACAAGAGUUCAACUUUUAAUGAAAUUAUUAGAAUAAUUUCAAUCGUAUUAGUAUUAUCAUUAAGUGGUAUAGGUUAUCAUCAAUUAUCUAAAAACUUACAUGAUAAUCAUCAAUUACAUCCUGACUUGGCUUCAAAGCCAUUAUUAGUGGUUUCGAAAUUGUCAAAGGUUCUAACUUUUGGUUUGAUCCCUGAUUGGGCUGGCUAUUCAUUAGAAGGUGUAAUAUUUGGUUUGUUGAUACCAUUGUUUGAUUAUAUUUUUGAUAUUAAACCAAAACCAAUUUCAACUUCAUCUAUUAUUAGAAGUGUUAAUGCAAUGUUAGGGGUAACUUAUGGUAUUAGAAAAGUCGAAUGGGCCUCUUCUUUACAAGCUUCUGGUGCUUGGGCUUUAUUAAAUAUCAUAUUAUGGUUAUUCUUUGAUGGUACCUUAUCAAUGUUUUGGUGUUGUGCUGGCUUGGGUUUCGCUACUUGUGCAGCAGGCUACUCAAAUAUAACACAUACUUCUCAAUUGUUGUAUUUUAUGGAUUUUUACUUUUUAGGUUUUAUGCUAUUUGGUAAAUUAGGUAGAUACUUAUUGGCAUUAUAA